AUGUCCACGUCCACGUCCACGUCCACGUCCACGUCCACGUCCACGUCCACGUCCAAGUCCACGUCCACGUCCACGUCCACGUCCACGUCCACGUCCCCAUCUCCCGCUUUCCAUCACCCCGCCUCAUUCUCCCUCCUUCCAUCACCCCGCCCCAUUCUCCCGAUUUCCAUCACCCCGCCCCAUUCUCCCGCUUUCCAUCACCCCGCCCCAUUUCCCUGCUUUCCAUCACCCCGCCCCAUUCUCCUGCUUUCCAUCACCCCGCCCCGUUCUCCCGCUUUCCAUCACCCCGCCCAAUUCUCCCGCUUUCCAUCACACGCCCAUUCUCCCGCUUUCCAUCACCACGCCCCAUUCUCCCGCUUUCCAUUACCGCGCCCCAUUUUCCCGCUUCCCAUCAUCUCGCCCCAUUCUCCCGCUUUCCAUCACCCUGCCCCAUUCUCCCUCCUUCGAUCACCCCACCCCAUUCUCCCGCUUUCCAUCUCCUCGCCCCAUUCUCCCGCUUUCCAUCACACCGCCCUUUUCUCCCGCUUUCCAUCACCCCGCCCCAUUCUCCCGCUUUCCAUCACCCCGCCCCAUUCUCCCGCUUUCCAUCACCCCGCCCCAUUCUCCCACUUUCCAUCACCCCACCCCAGUCUCCCGCUUUCCAUCACCCCGCCCCAUUCACCCGCUUUCCAUCACCCCAACCCAUUCUCCCGCUUUCCAUCACUCCGCCCCAUUCUCCCGCUUUCCUUCACCCCUUCCCAUUCUCCCUCUUUCCAUCACCCCGCCCCAUUCUCCCACUUUCUAUCACCCCACCCCAUUCUCCUGCUUUCCAUCACUCCGCCCCAUUCUCCAUCCUUCCAUCACCCCGCCCCAUUCUCCCGCUUUCCAUCACCCCGACCCAUUCUCCCACUUUCCAUCACCCCGCCCAAUUCUCUCGAUUUCCGUCACCCUGCCCCAUUCUCCCUCUUUCCGUCACCCCGCCCCAUUCUCCCGCUUUCUAUCAUCCCGCCCCAUUCCCCCGCUUUCCAUCACCCUGCCCUAUUCUCCCAAUUUCCAUCACCCCGCCCCAUUCUCCCUCCUUCCAUCACCCCGCCCCAUUCUCCCGCUUUCCAUCACCUCGCCCCAUUCUCCCGCUUUCCAUCACCCCGCCCUUUUCUCCCGCUUUCCAUCACCCCGCCCCAUUCUCCCGCUUUCCAUCAGCCCGCCCCAUUCUCCCGCUUUCCAUCACCCCGCCCCAUUCUCCCGCUUUCCAUCACCCCACCCCAUUCUCCCGGUUUCCAUCACCCCGCCCCCUUCUCCCUCCUUCCAUCACCCUGCCCCAUUCUCCCUCCUUCCAUCACCCCGCCCCAUUCUCCCGCUUUCCAUCAGCCCGCCCCAUUCUCCCGCUUUCCAUCACCCCGCCCCAUUCUCCCGCUUUCCGUCUCCCCGCCCCAUUCUCCCGCUUUCCAUAACCCCGCCCCAUUCUCCCGCUUUCCAUCACCCCUCCCCAUUCUCCCGCUUCCCAUCAUCCCGCCCCAUUUCCCUCCUUUCCGUCACCUCUCCCCAUUCUCCCUCCUUCCAUCACCCAGCCCCAUUCUCCCGCUCUCCAUCACCUCGCCCCAUUCUCCCGCUUUCCAUCACCUCGCCCCAUUCUCACGCUUUCCAUCACCCCGCCCCAUUCACCCGCUUUCCAUCACCCAGCCCCAUUCUCCUGCCUUCCAUCACCCCGCUCCAUUCUCCCGCUUUCCAUCACCCCGCCCCAUUCUCCCACUUUCCAUCACCCCGCCCCAUUCUCCCGCUUUCCAUCACCCCGCCCCAUUCUCCCUCCUUCCAUCACCCCGCCCCAUUCUCCCGCUUUCCAUCACCCCGCCCCAUUCUCCCUCCUUCCAUCACCCCGCCCAAUUCUCCCUCCUCCCAUCACCCUGCCCCAUUCUCCCGCUUUCCAUCACCCUGCCCCAUUCUCCCGCUUCCCAAAACCCCACCCCAUUCUCCCGCUUUCCAUCACCCCGCCACAUUCUCCCACUUUCCAUGACCCUGCCCCCUUCUCUCUCCUUCCAUCACGCUGCCCCAUUCUCCCGCUUACCAUCACCCCACCCCAUUUUCCCCCCCAUCUCCCGCUUUCCAUCACCCCGCCACAUUCUCCCACUUUCCAUCACCCCGCCCCAUUCUCCCUCCUUCCAUCACCCCGCCCCAUUCUCCCUCCUUCCAUCACCCCGCCCCAUUCUCCCGCUUUCCAUCACCCCGCCCAAUUCUCCCGCUUUCCAUCACCCCGCCCCAUUCUCCCGCUUUCCAUCACCCCGCCCCAUUCUCCCUCUUUCCAUCACCCUGCCCCAUUCUCCCUCCUUCCAUCACCCCGCCCCAUUCUCCGCUUCCCAUAACCCCAGCCCCAUCUCCCGCUUUCCAUCACCCCGCCACAUUCUCCCACUUUCCAUCACCCCGCCCCAUUCUCCCUCCUUCCAUCACCCCGCCCCAUUCUCCCUCCUUCCAUCACCCCGCCCCAUUCUCCCGCUUUCCAUCUCCCCGCCCCAUUCUCCCGCUUUCCAUCACCCCGCCCCAUUCUUCCGCUUCCCAUCAUCCCGCCCCAUUCCCCCGCUUUCCAUCACCCCGCCCCAUUCUCCCGCUUUCCAUAACCCCGCCCUAUUCUCCCGCUUUCCAUCACCCAGCCACCUGCUCCAUUCUCCCGCUUUCCAUCACCCCGCCUCAUUCUUCCUUCCUAUCAACCCGCCCCAUUCUCCCACUUUCUAUCACCCGUCCCCAUUCUCCCUCCUUCCAUCACCCCGCCCCAUUCUCCCGCUUUCCAUCACCCCGCCCCAUUCUCCCGCUUUCCAUCACCUCGCCCCAUUCUCCCGCUUUCCAUCACCCUGCCCCAUUCUCCCGCUUUCCAUCAACCUGCCCCAUUCUCCCGCUUUCCACCACCCUGCCAGAUUCUCCCUCCUUCCAUCACCCCACCCCAUUCUCCCGCUUUCCAUCACCACGCCCUAUUCUCCUGCAUUCCAUCACCCCACACCAUUCUCCCGCUUUCCAUCACCCCUCCCCAUUCUCCUGCUUUCCAUCACCCCGCCCCAUUCUCCCUCCUUCCAUGACCCCGCCCCAUUCUCCCUCCAUCCAUCACCCCGCCCUAUUCUCCCAAUUUCCAUCACCCGCCCCAUUCUCCCGCUUUCCAUCACCCCGCCCCAUUCUUCCGCUUUCCAUCACCUCGCCCCAUUCUCCCGCUUUCCAUCACCCCGCCCCAUUCUCCCGCUUUCCAUAACACGCCCAUUCUCCCUCUCCUGCUUUCCAUCACCCCGCCCCAUUCACCCACUUUCCAUCACCCCACCCCAUUCUCCUGCUUUCCAUCACUCCGCCCCAUUCUCCCGCUUUCCUUCACCCCUUCCCAUUCUCCCGCUUUCCAUCACCCCGCCCCAUUCUCCCACUUUCUAUCACCCCACCCCAUUCUCCCGCUUUCCAUCACCCCGCCCCAUUCUCCCGCUUUCCAUCACCCCGACCCAUUCUCCCACUUUCCAUCACCCCGCCCAAUUCUCUCGAUUUCCGUCCCCCUGCCCCAUUCUCCCUCUUUCCGUCACCCCGCCCCAUUCUCCUGCUUUCCAUCAUCCCGCCCCAUUCCCCCGCUUUCCAUCACCCCGCCCUAUUCUCCCUCUUUCCAUCAUCCUGCCCCAUUCUCCCUCCUUCCAUCACCCCGCCCCAUUCUACCGCUUUCCAUCACCCCGCCACAUUCUUCCACUUUCCAUCACCCCGCCCCAUUCUCCCUCCUUCCAUCACCCCGCCCCAUUCUCCCUCCUUCCAUCACCCCGCCCCAUUCUCCCGCUUUCCAUCAGCCCGCUCCAUUCUCCCGCUUUCCAUCACCCCGCCCCAUUCUCCCGCUUUCCAUCACCCCGCCCCAUUCUCCCGGUUUCCAUCACCCCGCCCCCUUCUCCCUCCUUCCAUCACCCCGCCCCAUUCUCCCUCCUUCCAUCACCCCGCCCCUUUCUCCCGCUUUCCAUCAGCCCGCCCCAUUCUCCCGCUUUCCAUCACCCCGCCCCAUUCUCCCGCUUUCCAUCUCCCCGCCCCAUUCUCCCGCUUUCCAUAACCCCGCCCCAUUCUCCCGCUUUCCAUCACCGCGCCCCAUUCUCCCGCUUCCCAUCAUCCCGCCCCAUUUCCCUCCUUUCCGUCACCCCUCCCCAUUCUCCCUCCUUCCAUCACCCAGCCCCAUUCUCCCGCUCUCCAUCACCUCGCCCCAUUCUCCCGCUUUCCAUCACCUCGCCCCAUUCUCACGCUUUCCAUCACCCCGCCCCAUUCACCCGCUUUCCAUCACCCCGCCCCAUUCUCCCGCUUUCCAUCACCCCGCCCCAUUCUCCCGCUUUCCAUAACCCCGCCCCAUUCUCCCGCUUUCCAUCACCCCACCCCACUCCCGCUUUCCAUCACCCCGCCCCAUUCUCCCGCUUUCCAUCACCCCGCCCCAUUCUCCCGCUUUCCAUCACUCCACCCCAUUCUCCCGCUUUCCAUCACCCCGCCCCAUUCUCCCGCUUUCCAUCACCCCGCCCCAUUCUCCCUCCUUCCAUCACCCCGCCUCAUUCUCCCUCCUUCCAUCACCCCGCCCCAUUCUCCCGCUUUCCAUCACCCCGCCCCAUUCUCCCGCUUCCCAUCACCCCGCCCCAUUCUCCCGCUUUCCAUCACCCCGCCCCAUUCUCCCGCAUUCCAUCACCCCGCCCCAUUCUCCCGCUUUCCAUAACCCCGCCCCAUUCUCCUGCUUUCGAUCACCCCGCCACAUUCUCCCACUUUCCAUCACCCCGCCCCAUUCUCCCUCCUUCCAUCACCCGCCCCAUUCUCCCUCCUUCCAUCACCCCACCCCAUUCUCCCUCCUACCAUCACCCCGCCCCAUUCUCCCGCUUUCCAUCAACAUGCCCCAUUCUCCCGCUUUCCAUCACCACGCCUCAUUCUCCCGCUUUCCAUCACCUCGCCCCAUACUCCCGCUUUCCAUCACCCCGCCCCAUUCUCCCACUUUCCAUCACCCCGCCCGAUUAUCCCGCUUUCCAUCACCCCGCCCCAAUCUCCCUCCUUCCAUCACCCCGCCCCAUUCUCCCGCUUUCCAUGACCCCGCCCCAUUCUCCCGCAAUCCAUCACCCCGCCCCAUUCUCCCACUUUCUAUCACCCCGCCCCAUUCUCCCGCUUUCCAUCACCCUGCCCCAUUCUCCCUCCUUCCAUCACCCCGCUUUAUUUUCCCUCCUUCCAUCACCCCGCACCAUUCUCCCGCCUUCCAUCACCCCGCCCCAUUCUUCCGCUUCCCAUCAUCCCGCCCCGUUCCCCCGCUUUCCAUCACCCCUCCCCAUUCUCCCUCCUUCCAUCACCCCGCUCCAUUCUCCGGCUUUCCAUCACCCGCCCCAUUCUCCUGAUUUCCAUCACCUCGCCCCAUUCUCCCGCUUUCCAUCACCCCGCCCCAUUCUUCUGCUUUCCAUCACCCCGCCCCAUUCUCCCGCUUUCCAUCACCCCGCACCAUUCACCCGCUUUCCAUCACCCGCCCCAUCUCCCGCUUUCCAUCACCCCGCCCCAUUCUCCCGCUCUCCAUCACCCCGCCCCAUUCUCCCGCUUUUCAUCACCCCGCCCCAUUCUCCCGCUGUCCAACACCCCUCCCCAUUCUCCCGCUUUCCAUCACCCCGCCCCAUUCUCCCGCUUUCCAUCACCCCGCCCCAUUGUCCCGCUAUCCAUCACCCCGCCCCAUUCUCCCGCUUUCCAUCACUCCGCCCCAUUCUCCCGCUUUCCUUCACCCCUUCCCAUUCUCCCGCUUUCCAUCACCCCGCCCCAUUCUCCCACCUUCUAUCACCCCACCCCAUUCUCCCGCUUUCCAUCACCCCGCCCCAUUCUCCCGCUUUCCAUCACCCCGACCCAUUCUCCCACUUUCCAUCACCCCGCCCAAUUCUCUUGAUUUCCGUCCCCCUGCCCCAUUCUCCCUCUUUCCGUCACCCCGCCCCAUUCUCCCGCUUUCCAUCAUCCCGCCCCAUUCCCCCGCUUUCCAUCACCCCGCCCUAUUCUCCCUCUUUCCAUCACCCCGCCCCAUUCUCCCUCCUUCCAUCACCCCGCCCCUUUCUCCCGAUUUCCAUCAGCCCGCCCCAUUCUCCCGCUUUCCAUCACCCCGCCCCAUUCUCCCGCUUUCCAUCACCUCGCCCCAUUCUCACGUUUUCCAUCACCCCGCCCCAUUCACCCGCUUUCCAUCACCCCGCCCCAUUCUCCCGCUUUCCAUCACCCCGCCCCAUUCUCCCGCUUUCCAUCACCCCGCCCCAUUCUCCCGCUUUCCAUCACCCCACCCCACUCCCGCUUUCCAUCACCCCGCCCCAUUCUCCCGCUUUCCAUCACUCCGCCCCAUUCUCCCGCUUUCCUUCACCCCUUCCCAUUCUCCCGCUUUCCAUCACCCCGCCCCAUUCUCCCACUUUCUAUCACCCCACCCCAUUCUCCCGCUUUCCAUCACCCCGCCCCAUUCUCCCGCUUUCCAUCACCCCGACCCAUUCUCCCACUUUCCAUCACCCCGCCCCAUUCUCCCGCUUCCCAUCACCCCGCCCCAUUCUCCCGCUUUCCAUCACCCCGCCCCAUUCUCCCGCAUUCCAUCACCCCGCCCCAUUCUCCCGCUUUCCAUAA